AUGGCGGCAGAUCAAACAAAAUCCUCGGAUGAUAUUGACUACCUCUUGUCGCAACUCACAGAUGCUGAGAAAGUGUCAUUGUUAUCCGGAGCCGACGACUGGCACACCGUGGGCAUCGAGCGGCUAGGUAUUGGUGCUCUCAAAGUCACCGAUGGGCCUGCUGGCGCCAGAGGCCAGUUGAUGGUUGACGGGCCUCAGUCAGCGUUCUUACCAGCUCCGGUUCUCCAGGCGGCUACAUGGUGCAGAUCAGACCUCAAGGCCGUCGGACGGUUGCUCUGCAGGGAGAUGAAGACCAAAUCUGCUCAAAUCUUGGCUGCACCGACGAUAUGCUGUGCUCGGAACCCGCUCGGAGGCCGGAAUUUUGAGGCCUUCUCUGAGGACCCUUUCUUGAGCGGAGCUUUGGCCAUAGAAUACGUCGCAGGGCUUCAGCAAACAGGGGAAGUGGUGGCAACUGCCAAGCAUUUGGUUGCCAAUGAGCAGGAGACGGAGCGAUUCACCGUCGAUUCUGUCAUUGAUGAGCAAACACUGAGGGAGAUUUAUUUGCGGCCAUUUGAGUCGCUUAUCAAGAGCUCAUCGCCACCAGGCUGCGUGAUGACAGCAUACAACCUCGUCAAUGGACAGCACAUGGACGAGCAUGCUUACAUCCUCCGCGACAUCCUGCGAACCGAAUGGAAGUUUGAUGGAUUGGUGAUGAGCGACUGGGGCGGCACGAAUUCAACCGUGGCAAGCGUCCUUGCCGGUUGCGAUCUCGAGAUGCCUGGCCCGCCAGUGCAAAGAGGGCACAAGCUCCUGGCUGCGUUGGAGUCCAACCCAUCCACCGAGUUUCAGAAUGCCGUUGGCGGGUCCUGUCGACGGCUUCUGACCCUGGCGAAGAAAAUGAACUUGCUGGGACUUACAGCAUCGCAGGUGAAGGACUCGAGAAACCGUCCAGAACGUUCUGCGACCAGUAAAGCAGAUCUUCAGAGUCUUCGGGAAAUUGUGGCCAACGGGCACGUGCUCCUGAAGAAUAGUGCCGGCACACUUCCUCUGAGCCCUAGCCGGCUCCCUGGCAAAAAGGUCGCGUUCGUCGGUCCAAAUGCAAAGUCAUGCACAGCUGGCGGAGGAGGCUCAGCCAGCAUGAAUCCUCAAUACCAGAGUCAACCACUACAGGCGUUCCAAGAACAAGUGAGCCAAUUGAAACUCGACGUCGAGAUACAUCAUGCACAGGGUGCCUACUCCAGCAAGUGGCUGCCUCUCGCAUCUUCACAUCAGUGGUCAGCAAAUCCGACGCCAGAUCAUGCGUCGGAUAUGCUCCGAGUGGAUUUUUAUGCCGGUCUUGACUUUUCCGGUCCCAUCAUCGAGACACAGUAUCGAAACAAUUCAAGCAUCGACCUGACUGACUCGAGCCCCGCAUGCCUUCGAGAAUCUGGCAAGCCUUACUGUUUCCGGGUGACGACUUAUGUGACUCCAGAUACCUCGGGCUGUCACCAAUUCAGCCUUGCCAGUGUCGGCAACUCCCGCCUCAUUGUGGACGGACAACUUCUGGUAGACAACUACGAAUGGACGGAACCAGGUGAGGCGUUCUAUGCAUUCUCCAGUGCCGAGAAGUGCGCAUCUGUGGUGAUGACCCAGGGGAAGAUAUACCCUAUCAUACUCGAGGCCGCCACGAAGGAGUCGGAUACGUUAAUGGAAGAUGAUGCCGAAAACACCGCACAUGUCUGGAGUAAGCAAGCCUCAGUACGCCUGGGCUACCUGGAGGAGCUCUCGGAUAACAUGGUCUCAGAAGCGGUUGAAUUGGCCAACGCGUGCGACUAUACCGUCGUCGUAGUGGGUCUGAGUGACGAAUGGGAGAGCGAAGGGUACGAUCGUCGCUCGCUCUCUUUACCAGGGAAUCAAAAUGAGCUGAUCGAGACAAUGCUCGAGCACACCGUCCACCCGGAGAAUGUAAUCGUUGUCAACCAGUCCGGCUCACCAGUUGAGAUGCCGUGGGCCACCCGAGCGCACACAAUCCUACAGUCAUGGUAUGGUGGCCAGGAAGCGGGCUACGCAUUGGCGGAUGUGCUCCUUGGUUUGAUCAGCCCGUCGGGCCGGCUGCCAGUUACUUGGCCCAAGCGAUACUCGGACCUUCCGUUUGAAAAGUCGAAAGAGUCGUGGCCCGGUGUUGAAGGGAGAGUGCAUUACAAAGAGCGGACCGGUGUCGGAUACCGCUGGUACCUCAGAAACGGCGUGGAGCCGCAGUGGUGGUUUGGCCACGGCCUUUCGUACACGUCCUUCAGCACACGGGUCUCGCAAAGUCGUGAAUGUGCAGAUCAGAGCUGGGAGAUCUUGGCUGAAGUAGAGAACACGGGGUCAGCAGGUGGCCGCCACGUCGUACAAAUCUACUCGUGGCCGUGUGGUGAUGAGCACCAGAAAGAGCUCCGAUCGUUCGAGAAGACCGAGGUUUUGGCACCCCAUGCCAGAUCUGAAGUGAGAUUGCAGGUCAAGUUAAGAGAUAUGGCCUACUGGCGUGAAGGCCGAUGGACCGUGGCAGCUGGAGACUAUGUUCUCGGCAUUGGGGAGAGCGCGGGUGCGGUAGACAUCGUUGCGGCAACUCUCUCUGUCCCGAUAACGCUGACGUGGGACUUUUGA